GAUCGAUCAAACAUGGUUAUUGCAAUAGUCUAUAUGACAUUAGAAUUUGAUUUUACAUCAUCGGUUCAAGGUGUUAUACUACAUUUUUUUGGGGGUUAUCUAACAACACAAGUUUUAGCUGCCGCUUCAUGGACUCUCUUUACUUUUCUUACUUCAAUUUCUGCUAAAGUUGGUGCUUGUUUUCCUACUGUAAAUUCCUUGAUUUCUGCAUGGUUUCCAAGGGAGGAAACUAGUAAAGCUGUUUCUACUAUCACAUCCUCUGCUUAUAUAGGAAUUGUAAUUGCCUUGCUGAUAUCAACUUGGUUAGGAUCAGGUCCUCUUGGAUGGCCCGGCAUUUUUUUGGACAUUUGGAACUGCUGGUUUGAUUUGCAACAAAAGAAUAAUGUUAAAAUUAAUUUGAAUUAUCAUAGAGUAGAAUCUGGUGAUAUUGUUAAUGAAUCAAUGAUAAGCGAGAAUAAUGAUACAAAUCCUAAUACACCAUCAGAAAUUUUUGUUAUCGAAGAAAAUAGUGAGGUUAAUGAAUUAUUAACAAAUAAUUUGAAAUUACCAAAUUUAAAACAAGUUCCAUGGAAAUUGAUUCUUUCUCGUCGUGAAAUGGACCUUAAGAGUCUUGGAUAUUAUUCUAUGCUUCCUUAUGCCACACAAGGAGUCACUGGUAUUUUUGCUG